CCUCGCACAUUUUCCACUUCAACAGAACAGAAGAGUUUGCCAAGAAUUAGGGUUUAAAAGGGUUUAAAAGGGGGAGAAAUCCCAACACCAACACUUAACUGAUCAUGGCCUUCUGGGGCGUGGAGGUAAAGCCGGGGAAACCGAUAACGCAUUCCUGUGAGAAGGCAGCAGGAAGGCUUCGGAUUUCACAGGCGACCUUGGGAUUUGGUGAGUCUUCAAAGAGCUCCGUGGUACAGUGUAAUGUGGGUAAUAGAAGCCCGGUUCUUCUCUGCGUGCUGCUACCAGGCCGAAUGGAGUCAUCCCAUAUUGAAUUGGAAUUUGAGGAGGCGGAUGAUGUGGUUUUUUCUGUAGUUGGUCCACGAAGUGUCUACCUUGCUGGCUAUUAUGUCCGUCAGAGUGGGCAUUCGAAUGGUCGUAGUGAUACAGAGUCAUAUGGCGUCGAUAUUGAACACUCCCCUACAGAUCGAUCUAAUUACAAUAGUGAGGGUGAUGAAGGAUAUGAUGACAGUUUCAUUAACGAUGAUGAAUGUCAAGUUUCUUCUCCAGGGUCCCCUGUUUUUUAUAGUAAAGGAAUGGAUGAGGUUAUGCCAGAAAAGGAUAAGCCGAAGAGCAAAAAUGGUCGAAAUAAACUAGGUAGGAAAAGACAAUGGGUGAGUGAGUCAGAUAAUGAUGCAAGUUCACCCAAAAAGGAAGAGGAGGCUGGUGAAAUGGAUGUUGAGUGUCAAAAAGAUGCAAAGACAACUACAUGUGGUGAUGAUGGAGAAAUGGAAGAUGAAGCAAAAUAUGAUGAUAUAUGUGGUAGUCAGUCAAAGCAACAGGCUGAUGAUAUCAGCGACAAAUUACGAAGGGUGACACAACUGCGAUCGCUGGAUGAAGAAGGGACAGAGAUUAAUAAGAUGAAAUCUCAUGAUCAGGAAAAACCCAGAAAGAAAAGAAAGCAAUGCUCUGUUACAAAGAGAACCAAUGAAGUUCAGACCGAUGAUGGGGACCCUGGUGUCCCCAGAGUGUGUAAAGAGCAUGAAGCUGAGGCAUCGGCUGAUCUCAAGGGAGUUGGUGGAGAUCAUUUGAUGACAGCUCUAGAGUCAGACUCUGCAAAUGACCCAAAAUCAAAAGAGAGAUGCAAUGAACUGUUGGAAGGAGAACUUACUGAAGGAACUGAUGAAAAAUUUCAGAAUAUUACUGAAGAUUUGGUUGAGCCAGUUUCACUACAUACUGAUAAUUUUACAGAGAAUCUGCCAGCUGAAAAUGGAGAAUGUGAACAGCAACAAACACCUGAAGAAACCAGUAUGGAAGAAUGCGGUCCCGAAUGUCACAAUGUAUGGAGUAAUGGAGAAGUAAUGCAAGAAGUGCAUAUUGACGAAAAAACAGAUCUGCCAGCUGAAAUCAUGCAAGAAGUGUGUGAUGAAGGAAAAACAGAUGAUUUGCCAGCUCAAGUCAUGCAAAUAGAACACGCUGACAGAGAAACAGAUGAUCUUCAAGCUGAAGUCAUGCAAGAAGAGCAUGUAGAAAGAACAAUAGAUGAUCUUCUGGCAGAAAAUGGAGACAAUAAAGAGGGUCAGAUUGAUAGCAAUAUCACCGACACCAAAGUAACUGAGUUACUAGCUAAUGACAGUCAAGCUGAUAAAAUCAAGAAAAAGAGAAAGAAAAGGAAAAGUAAAGGCAAGGGAGGCUUGGACAUGAGUGCAAUUCAGAUGUUAGAUACUCAAGAGACUGAAACUGAGACUGAGAGCACUAACAUAGUGCCAUUUGAUACGAGGACCUUACCAAAUGGAUUGACUAUUAAAGAUUUGAGCAGUGGGCCACCAGGUGGGAGAGUGGCUGUUCCAGGCAAAAAGACUGUGGAUCUACGAAAUAUGGAUCAGAUCAAGAUCCAUUACAAUGGCAUGUUGAAGGAGAGUGGACUUGUUUAUGAUUCAAAUGUGGGUGGUCCUGCCUUCAAGUUUCUGCUAGGUGAUAAAGCAUAUAUCGACGGAUGGAAUGUUGGUAUUGAUGGUAUGCGUGUUGGUGAUAAGAGGAGGUUAAUCAUUCCACCUUCAAUGGGUUAUGGAGAUGUUCAAGUAGGAGCCGAUAUUCCGCCAAACUCAUGGCUAAUCUACGACAUUGAGUUAGUGAAAGUGUAUCACUAACUUCGUUUUGUCUAGCUUCAUUUCCCUUCCUUUCUGGCUCGACACUCUUGAAGUUGUGGAAGAAACGAGAGGAUCAAAGCAGAUAAGAUUUUUGUAAUGGGGUUUGAAACUAGAAAACCAGAGUUGAGAAAUGUAUUUUUGAAGGGUAAAACCGUUGCUUCAUUUUGGUCUUGCCUGCAAAGAUAAACUUAUCCACGCAAACAAUGGUUGAUAAGAUUUGGCAAGUUUUUGUAAAAUCUCAGUAUCAGAAUUAUUAAGAUGGCCUCUUUUGCAUCUCAA